AAGCACUUUAAACUCGUUCCGGCACAACAACACCGGCUGCAGACUCCAUGAGUUUGUGCAGCGACUUCCCAAAUUUGCUGAAAAAAAAAAAAAACGAAGAGGGUCUCUGUCAUCCCUCAGAUAUCCCGCUGUGUGUUAGAACUGAGUGCUACAUGACAACAACGUUUUACUCUGUAAAUAUAAAUAUCUCUAAAGUAGCCAGGAACUGAACUUCUUGCUAGCUAGGCCGACCUCUCCAUGGCACCUCUCCGGGUUCUGUGCAUACACGGUUACCGUCAGAACAGCAGCUCGUUUCGUGAGAAGACCGGAGCUCUGCGGAAGCUGCUGAAGAAACAAGUGGAGCUUGUUUACCUGAGCGCACCGCACAGUGUGAUCAGCAGUGAAGAAGCUCCAGAGAGGGAGAACAGUUCAGGCCCUGGAGGUGAUGAGGACCCCAGAGGUUGGUGGUUUUCUGACGUCCAGGCUCGGAGCUUCAGCGCUCAGCAGCAGUGUGAGGAAAGCCUGGGGCUCAAUGAGAGCGUGGCGGUCGUGAGAGAAGCUGUGAAGGUCCAAGGUCCGUUUGACGGCAUCCUGGGCUUCAGUCAGGGAGCAGCCUUUGUGGCCAUGCUGUGUUCUCUUCAGGAACAGAAACUGGAGUCAGACUUCAGCUUCCGCUUUGCCAUCCUCGUCGCUGGCUUCCUCAGCGCAUGUAAGGAACAUCAAAAAUUCUACCAAGUUCCCCUCCAGAUCCCGUCCCUGCACGUGUUCGGACUGGAGGACCGAGUCAUCCCUGACAACAUGAGCAGGGAGCUCCUCCCCUCCUUCCAAGACCCUCAGGUCCUGACACAUCCCGGUGGCCAUUUUGUUCCUGCUGCAUCUGCUCACAGACAAACCUACCAGGACUUUCUCAAAAGGUUCCAGUGAGAAGAGCUGCAAUCCAUGAACAAGACUCUGGCACUUCUGUAUGGCCAGGGAAUGCUCCUAAUUUAAUAUUGAGACAUCUUGUGAUAACAUAAUUGAUUCCAGAGGCACUUGGGGUUCAAAGUCAUGACCUUUGGAUGCUGUAUUUUUUUCCUCCUCUAAUCCGAUCCAUCCAAAACAAUUUGAUAAAUGCUGUUCUCAGGGAAGAUGUAACAGACAAUAAAUAAGAUAACACAUGUUUAUUUUA